AUUUCCUUCCUGAUAUUGUGGAACGGUGCUGUCACAUCCCGCGUCAAUUAUAUUUAGCGUCUGCAUAUUACGGUUCUGAAGUGCCUGCUGUUUUAAUUAAUUUUGUUGUGGUUGUGGUCUUGUUGAACUAAUAUGGCGGCUGUUUUUGCGUUACCAUUUAAUGAGAAUGUUGGGAAGAAAAAAUUAGAAGAGGAAAAUAAAAAUGAUUUUCUUGAUGAAUGUAUUGUGAGCACAAGUCUGCAAACAACAAAACUUGAUAUGGAAAUCACCAAGUUUUUGAGGUUUAAUGUCCCAAGAAAAAGUACAGUAAUGCAAAAACAAGCAGUGGAAUAUUUUCUAGGAAAUAAAGCAGUCGAUACUUUAUUGGAGUCAAAAUGGGCUACUCGCAAAAAAGGAGUCGAUCAGUUAUUUGUUUGUAGAGAAGAUGCAAUUACUUAUUUAGAUGAACUACUGCGGAAGAGCUUAUUCUAUAGAGUGGAAAAAAUCGAGCUGGGGUCAAAAAACAAAGGCGAUAAAAAUGAAGUGUCAAAAAAUAAGACAGACAAAACAGAACAACAAUCUGACAAAUCUUCUGAAAAUAAAAAUGUUGUAGAGGAAGUACCUGCCAUACAAGAAACAACUUUAAGACAAAGAAAAAAAGAUAAAAAAACUGAAAAUACUGAAGAUGACAAAACUGAGGAUUCGGAAUCAAAUAAACCAAAGUUGAAAUUAAAAGCCAAAGACAAGAAAACCAAAGAAAAGCAAGUCACAAAAGUAAAGAAGAGAUAUAAGUUGAUUCCUCAUAAUGAGCAGAAAUUUUUUGAUUCAAAAGAUAUUUACAUUUGGACAUAUAAUCCUGUCAGUUGGAAAACAAUUAUCAUGGGUAUAGCAGUAUUACUUUGUGUUGUUGCUGCAACUUUAUUUCCACUAUGGCCACCGGAAGUUCGACUCGGAGUUUAUUACUUAUCAAUUGCCGGUGGAGUAUUUAUUGGAGCUAUAUUUGGAAUCGCACUUGCUCGCUCUAUAUUAUGGACGAUUAUUUGGGUAUUCACUGGAGGGAAUCAUCAUUUAUGGAUUCUGCCGAAUCUGCUGGCUGAUGUCGGUUUUUGGGAAUCGUUCAAACCGUAUUAUACAUAUGAAUACAAAGGAUCCAAAGAUAAAAAAGAUGAAGAUGAGGAAGAUGACGAGAAUGAGGAUGAGGAGGAACAGAGAGAGGGAGAAGAUGAGAAUGAAGAGAAUAAAGAAGAUGGUAAUGUGCAAAAGAGUGGGCUUUAUAAUGAGGAGAAUCAGGAAAAUGAAUCUCUUGAAGAACGUAAAACUGAUACUGGAGCUACCACAAGAUCUGAAGCCUCUACGGAACGCUCCGGAAGCGAAUCGUGACGCAACAAAAAUUUGUUUCAGUAACAUUGAGGUUUGCCUAAAUCCUGCCUUAAUAUAUUUGCUGUGAAUGUGCUAGUGAAAAGUACGCGAAACUAUUAAAACAAUUUAUAUUCUGCCUAGUAGCGUUCGAUACUCACUAUAAAUAAACAUGUACAUUGGUGUGGUAUUAAUACCAAAUUUUGACUUUUUUCAAUGAAUAUAGUUGAAUUUGACAUAUGGUUUUGCUUGUAAUUCAAAUUACAAUUGUCUAAAAGAUGGGAAUCUGAACUCAUUUUGGUGAUUAUUUGGCAUGGACAAAAUACUCCACAUUCUUAGGCUAUGGAGUUGCAAAGUGUGAGUUGGGCAUAUUUUUUUAUUGAUAUUGGAAUUUGAGUCAUAUUGCGAACAGCCCACCCACCAAGAGUCGUCAGUUUAAGUUUAAUUUCAGAUUUUUAAUGGUGCUAAUCAAGUCAAAAUUCAUCUCAAUAAUUCCAAAAGCAUAAAGUUCACUGAGCUUUCUCAACUCAAUAGACAGUUAAAGAAGACUUGCAUACACCAAAUUUUUUGUGAAAGUAGUGUCGUUUUUUACUUGGUACCUUAUUCCGGAUUGAGUUGAGUCAGCUUCAGCUUUCAUCUCCCUCACCUUCAAAGAUUAUUGAAAUAUUCACAAUCAUCAGCAGAUUCCGGUCAUUCUGACUGUUUCUGCCUUGAAUUGUCUUUUGUUUAUCCUAUCAUAUGGUACAAUGAUGGUAUUUGAUUUGUCAAACAGUAGCAGAUUGAAUUAUGAAGCGAAAUGAUGGUGAUCACAUGACUAUUCCAUUGUGUUCCAAGAAUGCUUCCACGUAUGCACAUAAAGUUAGGUCAUGUUUUGUUGCCCUGAAGCAAUUUGCUGCAUAUUUGCAGAUCAAAUACUAUUUGGAUAUUUCAAAAUAUUGUGAGAAUCAGACUUGACACUGAAAAUAUUGCGUUUGUUACCCAUUUGUAAUUUCAAGACUAUGCCUGAAUGCAUUCUAAUAUAUUAUAUAUAUAUUAUGUGGAUGAAUUUCAAUUGAUUAUCGCAGCCAUGUGUAAACCUUGAGAAUCUGUCUCCACAUUUUUUCACAAGAUUACUAUUAUUUGAAAUUAUAUAUUUACACAAAUAGUUUAGUUCUAUAUUACUUGUUUUUGUUUCUGUUCAAACUGCUGCUUUUGGUCAUAUUUUAGCUGCUAAAAUUGAGGGUAAAAUUUGAUAAUGUAUAUUGAGUUCAAACUCCCUUUCAAAUUGUUGUCAUGAUAGAGAACCAAUUUUUCAUGAUUUUUCUUGCAAUGCAUGUCAGAAGUCUGAGUGUUUCCUGUUUUUUUUUUUCUUCUGACAUACAAGAGGUGUUUCGUAUCAUAUAUGGUGGUGUUCUGUUCUAGUGAACAUGAGGAUAUAUAAAUUCUUGCUGGAUGGAA